AUGGCCGACUACUUGUAUGAGCUCCUAACCCCGCAUCUGGCCUACGGGGAUGGCUCUCCUCUGGCGCCUCAACACAACGUCACCACGGCCCGAUAUCUCAAUCGAUUACCCACCCUCUCUCUCCAGGCGUUGCAAGAAACAGAACCCCAGUCGCUAGCGCAGUCCUCUCACUCCACCUUGCUCUCCCUACAGGCCCUAUCCAAUCGUUCGCAUAAAACUUUCAUCGCCUCCUCCGACAGUCUAUCGCACCUACGCACGUCAAUUCCCCAGUUGACGCGAGACGCCCAACAACUUCGAGAUGCAAUUCCGAGACUCGACGAAGAAGCCGUCCAAUUCGCGUCCAAGUAUAACCGUGCCGCGGAAAAUGUAGCGCUGGAGAAGCGCAAAAAGGCCAUGCAGCUGGCGCGCAACGUUGACCGACUCUCCGAUAUUCUAGAGCUACCCACUCUACUGUCGACGACGGUCUCAUCUGCCGCGGCUAGCUCGGGUGCGACGGCGGGCUCGUUUUCCACAACCUACUCUGCCGCAUUGGACCUAUACGCUCAUAUCAAAAGACUGCAAACCCUAUACCCGGAUUCGCCGCUGGUUAAAGAUGUCGUGCUCCAAGCCGAAGAUGCCAUGAAGGAUAUGACUACGAACCUUAUCGCUGGUCUUCGGACUCAAAAUCUCCGACUCGCUGCGGCCAUGAGAACAGUAGGAUGGAUGCGUCGAGUUGCGCCCGAAUUGGAGAACCUCCGUAGCGAUGGCGGGACCGGCUCCGGGGAAGGUGCGCUGGGGGCCUUGUUUUUGAUCUGCAGACUGGCAAAUCUAGUGUCUACACUGGAGGCAUUGGAUCCCUUGCGGGAGCUCGCAGAUCAGGAGACGCAGCGGAGGGCACAGAGUCUAGAGAAGAAGGACGGCACGGCUACCUCGUGGUCUGCGGGGCACCAAACCGAGAAGUUUCUGAAACGAUAUAUUGAAAUCUUCCGCGAGCAGAGCUUCGCGAUAGUCUCAUUAUACAAAAACAUCUUUACCCCGGACCAGUCUGGGUCGGAUCUAGCCGUGGCGGGAUUACGGGGAAUUGAUGCACGCACUAAGACGACGACCGCGGCUCGCCCGGAUGACCCGCUGCAGUCACUUCCUUCGGCCCUUGCAACGUUUCCCAUGCACCUGGUUCAGCUACUAACGGGUACAUUGCGGACAUAUCUGCCCAACGUCCAGGACAAAAGCUCGCGGGAGAGUCUCCUCACGCAGGUCUUAUACUGUGCUGCCAGUUUGGGGCGACUUGGGGGAGACUUCGGCAUGAUUCUGACGGAGUUGAGUGACGGAGAAGACGGAGACGAGAUCGCUUACGAAUGGGAGGAGGUGACACAGAAACACCGAGCGUUGGCCGGACGCCUGGAACAGCUCACAGGAGGCAAUAACCAUUCAGACGCAAGACGCUCGGACAAGCGCUUGUAG